AAACUUGCAUGAAUUAACUUCCGGUUUCAUUUUUAGGACGGUCGGGCACCUGUCCGAGCUCCCUGUCCUUCUUAGGGAUGACGACUAUUCGUCCGUUUACUUGUGACGACUUAUUUAGAUUUAAUAAUGUGAAUUUAGAUCCACUGACAGAAACUUAUGGUUUACCAUUUUACAUGCAGUACCUUGCUCACUGGCCAGAGUACUUCCAAGUUGCUGAAUCGCCGGCUGGACAAAUUAUGGGAUAUAUAAUGGGUAAAGCUGAAGGGUCAAAUGAUUUAUGGCAUGGCCAUGUGACUGCGUUAUCAGUGGCACCAGAGUAUAGACGUCUUGGUCUGGCAGCUAAAUUGAUGAAUAUUUUAGAGGAAAUUUCUGAAAAAAAACGGUGUUUCUUUGUGGAUUUAUUUGUAAGAGUUUCCAACAAAGUUGCUGUAGACAUGUACAACAAGCUAGGAUAUACAGUGUAUAGAACAGUACUGGAAUAUUACUCUGGAGAAGUGGAUGAAGAUGCUUAUGAUAUGAGAAAAGCGUUAUCUAGAGAUACAGAGAAGAAAUCUGUGAUUCCGUUGGCUCACCCUGUUCGUCCAGAGGAGUUGGAUUGACCAUGAACCAGGUGAACUAUGAUGGAGACGAGUUGCUAUGGUUACUUACAGUUCUCAGCCUCUGUUUCGCUGCAGUGGUCAUAACUCUGAUUUUAUCGUUACUUAUGUCAGGGAGCAGCAUGGCUGACAGAGACUUGUAGCAGAGAAUGUAUGACCAUUUAAAAAAAAUGUUUUAUAUUCAAACUACAUAAAUGGAUAACAAGAGCUGCCGUUGAAGUAUUUCUGAGUUUACCCACCAUUGUUAUGUAACAUGUCAUGUCAUGUCAUGUCCAUUGUACAAAUAGCAUUAAUUCAUCAAGUGGGGGAAAUGACAGAAAUUUUAUUUCUCUGCAUCUGAGCUCUGCAUAUUCUAGGUCUAUUUUUAGAACAAACCCUUACCAUAUAUGAAGGUUUCCCUCAGUGAGGGGUUUCUUAAUGUUAUGGCCAUUAACAACCAGUAAGUUUAAUUUUACUGAAAUAGAUCAUUGUUAAACAGUCAAGGGCGUGGGAUUUUUAGAGUUAUAAAUUUAUUUCUAUGAUUAUGGUUGUCAACGGUAAAAUGAUCUGUCUUAGUUCAAAACAUUUUUAAUUCUAAAAUAGAAUUUAUGCACUGCGUGAUUAUCUAACCAUUGAAGUAAUGAGCAGUUAUUAAGAUUAUGAAAUCAAUUGCGUUUCUUUGUAUAACUUCAUAAUUAUUACAAAUAAUUAUGUUUCUCUUAUCAUGUUGCUGACGUACAAUUGUUAGUUGUUCAAUAUCAAAUUUACCAACCUAGAAACUUGUGUCUAUCAUUUUUCACCUGGAGAAUGUUUGUAAUGUUUAAUAAAUUAUUACUUUUAAUAAAUUUUGUUUUACUUCA